AUGUCCGGGGAAUGGCAGCACGGAUUGUUUGGAUGCUUUGACAACUUCAGCCUGUGUUUAAUUUCCUAUUUUGUACCGUGUUAUCAAUUCGGAAAGAAUGCAGAGUCGGUAGGAGAAUCAUGCUUAUUAUGUGGUGUAGCUCUCCUAGUUCCUCUAGUAGAUUUGUGGGCCGUCAUCAGCAUCCGAGGAAAAAUAAGGGAAUCUAAGGGAAUUCAAGGAAGCUUAGUAGGAGACUUGUUGACUUGGUGCUUCUGUCCCUUGUGUGCCUUAGUCCAGGAAUCUCAGGAAGUUCAGGGAAUGAGCCCCCAGUCCAUGGCCCGGGAGUAG